UCAGAGACCAGGGUGACCCGUUUUCCCUACACAAAAUGGAAAGGUUGCUAUAGUGACUGGAGGUACGAAAGGAAUUGGUUACCAAACUGUGAAGCAUUUGGCAAGACUUGGCAUGCACGUUAUAAUAGGUUGUAUGGUCAUCUGCUGGCAAGUCCUCUGUGCGGUGGCCUUGAUAUAAGCAAUGCAGGAAUGGUGUCCUGGAAACAUGCCUUUAUUUUUGCUGGAAACAGUGAGAAUGAGGGCCAAGAAGCAGUGAGGAAAAUACAAGAAGAAACUUUGACUGGAAAAGUGGAGUUUUUAUACUGUGAUUUGGCUUCCAUGAAGUCUAUACGGCAAUUUGUGCAGCGGUUUAGAGCAAAGAAUUGUCCACUCCAUGUCCUGGUGAAUAAUGCUGGGGUGAUGCUGGUCCCUGAAAGGAAGACGGAGGAUGGGUUUGAGGAGCACUUCGGCUUGAACUACUUGGGACACUUCCUGUUGACUAACCUCCUCUUGGAUAAGCUGAAGCAAUCAGGAACGCACAGUCACAACGCUAGGAUCAUCACUGUCUCAUCAGCCACCCAUUAUGUAGGCGAAUUGCACCUGAACGACUUACAAAGCAGAUGUUCGUAUUCACCCCAUGGAGCCUAUGCCCAAAGCAAACUUGCCCUUGUGUUAUUUACCUAUCGACUACAGCAUCUUCUGACUGCAAAUGGAAGCCAUGUGACUGCUAAUGUAGUAGACCCGGGAGUAGUGAAUACUGAGCUCUACAAACAUGUCUUUUGGGUUAUAAAAGUGGUCAAAUGGAUGACAGCCUGGCUAUUUUUCAAGACUCCAGAGGAAGGAGCCUCUACAAGCAUCUAUGCAGCAGUAUCGCCUGAGAUGGAAGGAGCUGGUGGCUGCUACCUUUACAAUGAGACAAGGACAAAAUCGGCUGACGUAGCAUAUGAUGAGGAGCUGCAGAGAAGGCUCUGGACAGAAAGCUGCAAGAUGGUUGGGAUUUCUGAUGAAUCCAGCAGAGUUCCCUAGAAGAAGCCACUUCCAGAUGGGCUCUGAGGCCAGGAGGAAACACCACGGUCAUCUGAACAACAACCUUCAAACUCAAAUAUCUGCAAAGUAGCUUUAUGAAUGUUUUGCUCAUGCAAAUACCUUCCUGUUCUGUGUUCUUCUAAAGCAAAUAAAAAGGUCUGGGUAAUAGGUUAGGCUGAAUUUGUAAUUUUUUCCUUCCCCUGAAGUUCUGUAAGUCUACAUGACCUAAUUCUCCUGAGAGCAGAUGUUUUGGGACAUUGCAGUUAGAUUAUUCAUCACGUCAGUUCAGCAAAACACGUUAAUAUAAAAGCGUGUACUUGAGCAUAUUCUAAUAAGUAAAUUGUACUCAAAUUUCAGCAUGUGCUUUACUGACUUGAGGCUACGGUGUGUUGU